AUGGAAUGGAAUAAACUCAAGAGUUACCUAGACGUUGGCGCUGCUGGCAGCAAAGUUGUUGUCACCACACGUAAACAAGAAGUUGCAUCUGUGGUGCGGGGUGUAAUUCCUCCAUACAAUCUAGAUGUAUUAUCGGAAGCCGAGUGUUGGUCCAUUAUCAAGAAGAAAGCUUUUUCUCCUGGUGGAGCUUCUGAGACUCCAAAUAUGAUAACCAUAGGAGAGCAGAUAGCUAAAAGAUGUGGAGGCUUGCCACUCGCGGCAACAUUUCUCGGCGGUCUUAUGCGCUCGCAGAAUGAUGAAAAGAAUUGGUUGUCUAUCAGAGACAACAGAAGUUUAGAAACCCAUGGAAAACAAAGUGGCGGACUCAUACCGAUAUUGAAAUUGAGCUAUGACAACUUGCCCUCCCAUUUGAAACAGUGUUUCUCUUACUGUUGCUGA